AUGCGCAUCCCCGCUAUUGAGGUCGGACAUGAAUGCUACCCAGUUCCUAACGUGCCCGCUGGUGUCCAAGCAGGGUCGAACGCAACCUUCCAGAUCAUGUAUAGAUCCGAUGAACACGGAACCACCGAAGAUGAGACAUUCUACGCUUGUCCUGAUUUUACAUAUGCGCCGACGAGUCGAUUCACCGAUCAGGUGCCGAGCUUCAAUGUGGCGAAGUUCACUGCAGUCCCGACAGCCGCUUCGGCGGGUUCAAUCGCUACAACGGGAGCUGCUACUAGCUCGAUGGCCACCGAAAAAAGAUGCGAAAAAGCCUAUCUCUGGUCUAUCUGGUGGUGCCAUCGCCGGCAUGGUGGUUGGUUCGGUUGCUGCAGUACCAACUGGGGCCAUCUUGCUGUUUGGAUACAGGAGACUGCUACAGAAGUACAGGUUGAUGCGUUAGAACGCGUCGGCCCGUAA